UAAAAUGAUGGAUAUAGUGAGAGCUGGCUCACUCUAGGUUGAUGCAGUGAGGACAAAAGGUGUACUAAAGGGAUGGAUAUGACGGCGCUCUAUGUGUGACAUCAUGUAGGAUUCUGCGUGCAACAGACGCUUGUUUGGUAUGGAUAUGCACCAAUGUAUUGAAGCGUUUAUUUCACACAGAAAGUAGCAGCAUGGCCUCCGAAACAUCAGCAGCUGGAAGUGCGCGCGAUAAAGUUUCUUCUCAACAUAUUAUCAAAGAAGGGGAUCAGGUUCUUCUCAAGAAAGGAAAGAAUAUAAAAGUUUUUCAGAUAAGGAAACACAGACAAGUAUGGCUGGAGAAAGCAAAGUUUACUUUGGACGGUACUAUUGGUCAUCCAUAUGGCACUACAUUCGAAGUGAAAGAUGGAAAGAUGAUUAAAGUAGAGAAAUCAACACUGGCAGCGACAGAAGCUUUGGCUGAAGGUGGAAAAGAUAACAGGGAUCUUCUGGACCUGGACAGUAACCAGAAACUGACACGUGACGAUAUAGAGAAGAUGAAGAAAGAUGGCAUUAAAGGAAAGGAAAUUAUCGACCAGCUGAUAGAGAACAGUUCAACAUUUCAAUCCAAGACUGUAUUUGCUCAAGCUAAGUGGAUCAAGAAAAAGAAAAUAAAACAUCUUCUUGAGUUCACCAUUCUGAAGCCAUCUGCUCGGAUGCUAUGUGAGAUGCACCACAUGAAGAACCCUUCUAGAAUAUGCUUCAUGCGAGUGGAUAGCUUGGCCCAAAUUCUCAGUAGAGGGAAUGUAAGGGCACAUUCCACUGUAGCUGUGGUGGACACGUGCAUGGGGCUUGUGGUGGGGGCUGUCAUGGAGAGACUAGGGGGUUUUGGAAAAGUUAUACACUUCCACCAAGGUUCAACACCAGUAAGACCUGUGAUGGACUCAUUUGACUUUCCUGAGGAAAUUCUGAACAAUUUAUAUAAUUAUCCUCUGGAUCGUGUCAAUACUAUUGAGUGUGAUCAAACGAAAUCAGACAGGAAAGCUGAAAAUAGCAAUGGCACAGAUAGUGUGGUGAAGUGCCAAGGGGAGACAACUGUGAAUACAAGCUCUAGUAGUGCCUCUGAAAUAUCUGUAAAUGUGUCAACACAUUCUCAGGAAACAGCACAUGACACAUGCUCUAACUGUGUCACAGAAACAUCGGUAGAUAUGCCAACACCUCCACAAGAAACUACAACGGACAUUGAAACUACAGAGGAUGGUGUCAGCAAAUCUGAUUCUCAGGAAACCCCAGGAUGCUCAGAAGAAAUGGAAGUUGAAGAAGAAGAUAAACUUAACAAAACUGAUAUGGAACAAAGAAAGAAAAAGGGGAUGGAGAGAGAGACAAAUCGACAACUACGAGAGCAGAAGAUUCAAGAAACCAGAAGCCUAAUACUAGAGAAAAAUAUUGAUUGUUUGAUUGUGGCAUGUAAGUUUCAUCCAACACCUAUUGUAUUGGCCUUGUUGAAGUAUGUGGCUCCUUCCCGUCCAAUAGUAGUGUUUGGACAGUAUAAAGAGCCCAUCAUGGAUUGCUAUGAGUACCUGAGGAAGGAGGGAAACAUGGUCAACUACCGUGUCACAGAGGCUUGGUUAAGGGAGUAUCAGGUGAUGGAGAUGAGGACACACCCAGUGAUCAGUAUGAGUGGAGGAGGUGGUUAUCUACUGACAGCUACUACCAUUGCCAAAUCAGAUACACCUCGGUGAUUACAUCGGAGGGACUUAGCACAAGCCACUCAGUCAACCAUACCCAAGAAGACAGCUAUUGACAAUUUUUGUGUCGCUAACAUUUCUCAUCAUAGAUACUUUGAUGUAAUAAUUGAUGAUGUCGUGAGCCUGUUGUUAUAUGGAGGUUGAUGGCAGCUUUCCAACACAUAGUUCUUUUACACUGUGAUAUAGUGUAAUGUUUUACUGUAUAAAGAUAUGGUGAAUCAAAUAACAUUUUGUAUUGCUGCGAUGAAGGAAUGGAGACAAGCUGAAUUGCUCUGUCCAAGUCAGCACUGUAUUUCACAUAAAUGUGAAAAAGUUGAAAUUCGCUUAGUUUCUUAGAAAAUAUUCAAGUGACAUAGUCACCAAAAUUUUGUAUACAGUUGGAUCAUGAGAACAUCUCAAAUAAAAAGUAUCAAUCAG